CUCAUUGCAGUACACAUAAAAGCAAGCUAUAAAUUGCUGCAUCGGGUUUUUUUUCUCUCCAUUUUGCAGGUGUUCAACUCAAAAACAGCAGAGCUGCUCAGCCAUCAUCAAGUGGAAAUCAAACAGCUCUUUCCUAAGGAAGGAUGGGUGGAGGAAGAUCCCAAAGAAAUCCUGCAGUCGGUGUACGAGUGCAUAGAGCGCGCAUGUGAAAAACUCACACAGCUCAACAUCGACGUGUCAAACAUUAAAGCUGUUGGAGUGACCAACCAGAGGGAGACUACUGUAGUGUGGGACAAGCUGACCGGGGAGCCCCUCUACAACGCCAUUGUAUGGCUGGACCUGCGAACUCAGUCAACGGUUGAGCAUCUUAUAGAUAAAACUCCAGGAAGGGAUAAGAACCAUUUACGACAUAAAACGGGCCUCCCGCUCAGCACUUACUUCAGUGCGGUGAAGCUUCGCUGGCUGUUGGACAAUGUGGAGGAGGUCCAACAGGCCGUGGCGUCUCACCGCGCCAUGUUCGGCACCAUCGACUCCUGGCUUAUUUGGUGUUUGACAGGGGGAAAAUCAGACGGAAUCCACUGCACAGAUGUGACCAACGCCAGCAGAACCAUGCUGUUUAAUAUUCACACAAUGGCCUGGGACGCAGAACUUUGCAAAUAUUUUGGUGUUCCUAUGCACAUCUUGCCUAAAGUGAGGAGCUCAUCAGAAAUCUAUGGCCUGCUGAAAAUAAGUUCUUGCUGGAAAGCCGGGGCCCUGACAGGUAUUCCCAUCUCAGGGUGUCUUGGUGACCAGUCAGCUGCUCUCGUCGGUCAGAUGUGUUUUCAAGAUGGAAGUGUCAAAAACACGUAUGGAACUGGAUGUUUUCUCCUGCGAAACACUGGAACGAGGCCUGUCAUGUCUAAUAACGGUCUGCUGACGACGGUCGCCUACAAAAUGGGCCGGGACAAACCCACCUAUUACGCUCUGGAGGGAUCUGUGGCCAUUGCUGGAGCCGUGGUUCGUUGGCUGCAGGACAACCUGGGAAUCAUCAGCUCAUCCGAUGAGCUCGAGAUGUUGGCCGGAUCGGUCGGCACCUCCUACGGUUGUUAUUUUGUCCCUGCUUUUUCUGGGCUCUAUGCUCCGUACUGGGAGCCCAGCGCCAGAGGGAUCAUUUGUGGGUUGACUCAAUUUACCAACAAGCGACACUUAUCUUUUGCUGCCUUGGAAGCCGUCUGUUUUCAAACACGUGAGAUCCUGGAUGCCAUGAAUCAGGACAGUGGCAUUCCUCUCACUCAGCUGCAGGUUGACGGAGGAAUGACGACCAACAAGCUGCUGAUGCAACUGCAGGCCGACAUUCUCUGCAUCUCUGUCGUGAAGCCGUCCAUGCCGGAGACCACGGCUCUGGGGGCAGCCAUGGCGGCAGGCGCGGCCGAGGGCGUGAGGGUGUGGAGCCUGGAGCCAGAGGACCUGAGCACCGUCACGUCAGAGCGUUUCGACCCUCAGAUCAAACUGGAAGAGAGCGAGUUUCGCUAUGCGAGGUGGAAAGAAGCCGUGAAGAGAUCCAUGAACUGGGAGACCACACAUACUGUGGAGACUGAGAGCCGUGGAACGAGUAUCUUCAGCAGCAUCCCGCUGGGAUUCUAUAUCAUUGGCAGCAUGCUGAUGUUGGUUGGGGCAAAAUACCUCACAGGUCGCCUGUAGUCCCAGAAGAGGCGCACAACAGAAACCAACGCCCGGCCACCACUCCUCCUCCUUGCACUCUUUGCUCCCAAGCCAUUCCAGGAGAAUAAAGAAUCCAGACAGCUCUGAAAAGAAAACGGUUUUUUACUCUACUUUGUAUAUCUGUAGCAGAUUAGACCAUAUUGGCAUGAAGAACACUAACUUAGCUAGGGGUUUUUUCUACAGUGUAAAUAUGAAUUUUAGACUUAUUUAUUGUGGAAAUUAAUUAAAACUAAUGUUCUUGAA